AUGGCCUUCCCCACCUUGCCAGCGGGCUGUGCAAGGCGUUUGCACCGAAUGGUAGAGCACCUGGCUAUGCUCCAUGCAGCCAUCGGUGUCGGUGGUCGCCGCUUCAGUGCUACCACCCUCGCUCAGCCAAGGUCGGGUGCUGUGCGCGAGCUUGCCGAGCGGGCCUCGCGGGCCUCGCUGCUGGACAUGGAGCUCCAGCGGUGCGCGGAUGGGGCGGCUGUGCUCCGGGUUGGCGCACAGACGCAGCUGCAGCUCAGUAUGGCAGACUUGCGGUCGUUUCUUUCCCGCCUGCGGGAGCUGAAGAAGAUGCCGGCAUCGGGCGGCGACCUGCGCCAGUUCUUGGAGAAGGUCGACGCUGCGCUGCCGGGCUUUGGGGCGGAGGGGGCGCAUUUGGCCCUCACAGCCUUCGCAGAGUUGCGGUGCCGUCAGGGGGCGAUUUCUGCGUGGCCGCUCCUGAUGAAGCAUCGCAGCACGCUUUCCCCGUCUUGUAUAGCAGAAGGUGUGUGGGCGGCGUCUGGCAUACCCAGUCCACCGCGGGACGUCGUUUAUGAGGCUGUUGGCUUGGCACGUGAGGUUGCACCGCACAUGAAGUUGCUGCCCGAGGAGGCCCUGUAUCGCUGCAUUUAUGGCCUUGCACGUAUUCACACUGGCCGGGGCUCGACAGAACUUUUGCGACGGGCUGAAGCUUCAGUGACACAGGCGUUGGGACGCCGACCGUGCCCGUUUCUCCCACGUCAGCUAGUGAGGCUAUGCUGGGCCAUGGCGAGGUUGGGCUGCCGGGACAAUCGGAUUUUUCAGGGCUUGGAACAACAGAUUACAAACGUGUUGAAUCAUUUGCAGGUCAAGGAACUGGAGGCGCUUUAUGGUGUCCUCACAGAGCUGGAGCUGGUGCGGCAGUGGAAGCUGAUCCACGAUGUUGAGCGGGCACUGCAGUCGCGCGAGGAUGAAGCGGCCUCGAUGAACAAGUCCCCAAGACGAAGGCCCUUCCGGCGGCGUUGGACACGAGCCGAUCUUAUGCAUUCGGUGCUCCCAGCCCGCAAGUGA